UGCAAAUAUAUAUGUAUAUAUGUAAAUAUGCAAAUAUGCAAAUAUAUAUGUAUAUAUGCAAAUAUAUAUAGAAAUAUAUAUAUACGUACUCUCCUGCUCAUCCUUGUCGCACUUGGUGGCGACACAGCAGGUGAUGGCGUCGAUGAAGGAUUUGGCCUUGCAGAUGCACUCGGGGUCGAUGCCGCAGUCGGCGGGGAUGGCGGGCCCAGCACACUCUUGCUGUUUUUAUUUAUUAUAUGUUGUUAGCAAUGUCACGAUUGAUAUAUAUAUAUAUAUUUGGUUGUCAUCUAGGUUAGUCGGGUGGAGGAGACAUACAGCACAUUUCGGGAGGUCACCAGCCUGGGCCGCGACGAGCGCGAGGAGGGAAGAGGCGACGGCGGCGGUGAUGGCGAGACGCAUUGUGAGAGAUUGCUUGAUUGAUUGAUUGAUUGGUGAUAGAAUUAAGAAGAGAAGAAGGAAGAAGAGAAGAAGAAGUUUGUAGUUUUGAGGCGGAUGGGAGAGCUACGCAUAGUACGUCGAAAAUAGGGGGAGGAGGAGGAGAAGACAGCUGGGGGAUUGUUAAAGUUAAUAGCGUUGGAAAUAAGACGCAUUCUUGGCUGGCUGGAUGGCUGGCUGCAAAAGGAUAAAUAAUAAUUAACUACAUGUUGAACUAAGCUAUAUGCGCUCGUGGGGAAUUGUGACUAUUUCCUUAUUAUUUAUUAACUAGUUAUUUAGUCCAUUUAUUUACUUUUACUGCAGAGUAACCAAGGCAUGAUGUUGGGUUGACAGGCGCGGAUCCAUGGUUUGCAGCCGGACUCAAAAUCGCGAUCGUGGUUUGCUUGUUAUUAUUAAUAAGGUUAUGGUUAACUAACUAACUAGCUAGUUAGCUAACUAGUUAGAGGGAACUUAGUUAUGAUUAUCUAAAUUCAUAGCCUAGGACUUAGGCAUGGAGGCCCUAAACAAGCCCUGUGUCUUCGGGGGUGCUUUAGUGUAUCCCCCCCCGUUACUCGGCACUGUUAUUCGGCACGCGAUCUGUUUCGAACAAUCACAUAUUGCACGCUGCACGCUGCACACUGCACGGUGAAGUGAAUAUCAACAAUGGUGAAUGCCAUGAAAUGAAUAUCUUGCCCCUUUUGUGGUUUGCCAAUGUAAUGCUUCUUCUACCCCGCAUCGCGAUAGUUGAGAUAGUUCAAUAGAGACGAAAUAAACCAGCCCGCCGGAGGGCUAGGUUGGAAGUUUUCCUCUCUGCCAAUUCGGUCCUUGAUACUUCAUCCGUAUCGCAACCAUGGGCCUUGGGAUUCUACAGGACUCCCGCCUCGACCACGUUCCUGGCACCACCUUCAUCCUCGAGGACGAUUCCAGCACCGUCGAACAGCUCGCCCCCUCCCCACACCUCAAAUAUGACACCUCCGGCCCUACACCCAUCAUCCUCGUUCCCCAGCCGAGCGAUGACCCCAAUGAUCCCCUGAACUGGCCCCUCUGGAAACGCGACGCAAUCCUCGCAGUCCUCUCCUUCGUCGGCCUCCUCUGCGCAACAACAAGCCCCCUACUCGCCGCAAACACCGCUACCCUCGCCCACCACUAUGAAACCACCUUCACGAAAGCCGCCCUGCUCACCGGCUACCACCUCUGCGGCGUUGGGGUCGCUGGCCUCCUCUUCGUCCCCUCCGCCAGGGUCUGGGGUAAGCGCCAUCUCUAUAUCCUCGGCUGCAUCGUGAUGAUCUUCAGCUCCGCCUGGGGCGGCGCGAGUGCCGGCAGCUAUAAGAGUUUGCUGGUUGCGAGAGUUUUCCAGGGAGUGGGACUGGCGCCGUACGAGGCCUUGGUCAAUGCAAGUGUGGGGGAUUUGUUUUUUGUUCAUGAACGUGGGAAACGGAUGGCAUUGUCUAACGUCGCCCUCUUCGGCGGCAGUUUCUUCACCCCCGUCAUCGUCGGAAAGCUCACCGUCUCCAUGGGCUGGGAAUGGACCUUUAAUUUCCUCGCCAUCUUCUCUGGCGCGUGUCUGCCAUUGGUCAUUUUCUGCGCUCCCGAAACCGCUUUCAGGAGGGCGGCUCAUCUCAACACGGAUUUCGAAGGGGAAUCUAGCCAAGGAGCUGUCCCUAAUAAUACCACCGCUGCUCCUACUAACACCACUCAACCCAUUGAAUUGAAUACGGAGAACAACAACAGGUCAUCCUCGCAAAAGUCCCGUGAGGAAGAAAUGAAGGCGGAGAAACACGAAUCUAGAGAUGAGGAUGACAAUGGCCAUGACCCUGUCAUUACCGAGGAAGCGGCACGCGAUGUCAUCCCGCGAAAAGUGACGUAUUGGGAAUCGUUGAAACCUUUCAAUGGGCGCAAGACAGAUGAGAGUUACUGGAAGCUAUUGCUCCGCCCGCUACCGUUAUUCCUACAUCCGGGUAUUUUAUGGGCCUGCCUGACCCAGGGCGUGUUAAUCGGCUGGACUGUCUUCAUCGGUGUCGUCCUCGCCGCACUCUUCAGCUUCCCGCCGCUCUGGUUCACUGAGGACAAAAUCGGCUACCUCUACACCGGCGCCUUUAUCGGCUCUAUCGCCGGUCUCGUCCUCUCAGGCUUGCUAGCCGAUUACUCCGCCAAGCUGCUCACAAAGCUGAACCGCGGUGUAUAUGAGCCCGAGUUCCGCAUCGUGCUAGUGCUGUUCCAGCUGGUGUUUAGCGCCCUGGGACUGUAUGGGUUUGGGUAUACGACGGCGGACGUGGCGCGCUUUGGAUAUGUGGUGCCCGAUGUUUUUUUUGCGUUUGUCAUUGUCGGCAUGGUUAUGGGGGCGGUGGCGAGUGCGUUGUACGUUGUUGAUGCGCAUCGCCAAAUCGCCGUCGAAGCCUUCACGUGCCUCCUCGUCUUCAAAAAUAUGUUCAGCUUCCUUCUGACAUACUUCGCCUAUGACUGGAUCGUGCUCUCCAACCCGAAACGGGUCUUCAUUAUCAUCGCCAGUAUUCAGGUCGGCGUGUGUCUACUCAGUAUACCCAUGUACAUCUUCGGCAAAAUCAACCGCUCCUAUUUCCACCGCCACGAUAUCCUAAAGAUGUUGAAUCUAUGGUGAAAAAUAAACGCCAAAAGAAAAUAUCGGAAUCAGCGAUAUCUAUAUAUAUAUCGUACCAUGGCCAUAUCAUAACAACUAAUACUCCCACCGUACUAAAAUCAAUCCGACCCGAUCCGAUCCGAUCUUGCUUUUAUAAUCAUUUGUUCCCCCCAAUUGUAUUCCAUUUCCAUGCCAUCAUAUCAUACAUGUAUCAUAUCCCUUUAAUACAACACGCUCAAAAACCCGGCCCCCAUACCUCAAUCGAUUCAAGCAGUGAUACCCCCCUACCUUCCCCCGUCCAUAACAACCCGACAAACCACGGGCUGGCUUUGCUUACUGUGUGCUAAACGCCGUGCAUGUGCCCCCAUCCAUCUAUUAUCAUCUCGGGCAAACCCCUCCCUUUUUUUUCACUCCCUUUGUUUUGCCCCUUUUCUUUUCUUUUCUUUUUUUUUCCCCCCUCAAAUUACGUCCGUUUCCCGCUAGAACUUGCAUGCGUGCAUGUAGUGCAAGUAUGGGUAAAUGGGGAAUGGGUGAGGGUUUCAGUGACAUAGGGAGUUAGUAACUAGUUAGUUAGUAAAAAUUAUUUAAUUAUUAGUCUUGUUGUUUCUUUUGAGAUGUGAAUUCCAUUCAUGCCCCUUUCUUCUUUCUUACUUAUAAUUUAGUUAUUUUUAUAUACUUGUUUGCCCAAUGUAGCUUUUUGCAUUCUCUAAUACAAGCAUCAAUGCGCAGCCCCCUCUACCACUUCC